AUACCGUCAUUUCCGAUACAAGUAUCGCCCAUCGCUACGAAUUAAUAAAAUGAAUUGUUCAUACGCAUUUUUAUUUUAAGUUAAUUGAAGUUUUGAGUGAAAUUACUACAGUGCAUACAUUCCUUCGUUAGAAGUCUCCAUAAAGGAAAAUGGCAGAUUUUCUUGAUUCCGAAGCGGAGGAAAGUGAGCAAGAUGAAGAUCUGGAUUUACAUGACAGAAAAAAAAGUAGAAAAAUCAAGACAGUUAGUGAUAGCGAGGAAGACGAAGAAGACGACGAGGAACGACUCCGGGAGGAAUUGAAAGAUUUGAUAGAUGACAAUCCGAUCGAAGAUGAUGAUAGCGGCGGGGAUGAUUCUGAUGGUUCCGGAGAUCACGCGAAAAGAAAAAAAAGUGAUGAUGAGGAUGAACUAGACGAUCGUCUAGAGGAUGAGGAUUACGAUUUAAUUGAAGAAAACCUCGGUGUAAAAGUCGAGAGAAAACGCUUUAAACGUUUGAAGAAAAUAACCGACGAAGGUAGCGAUGAGGACGAACCAGUUGAUGACGGAUUAAACCGAGAAGUAAUUGCCGAACAGUUGUUCGAGGGAUCUGCUGAUGAGGAGGAUGAACAUCAAUCUGAACGUGAUGCCAAUCGUGACGUUCCAUUAACGACAACUGAAAAUAAUGAGGAAGAAGAUGAUGAUGAAUCUGAUGCUGAUGAUUUUAUUGUUGACGACGACGGCGUCCCCAUUAGUGACAAACGAAAGAAAAAGCGUCCUAUAUUCACUGACGCCUCACUUCAAGAAGGCCAGGAUAUAUUUGGAGUCGAUUUUGAUUACGAAGAAUUCGAAAAAUAUGAUGAAGAUGAGUAUGAAUACGAAUCUGACGAUGACGAUUAUGAGGAAGAUGCUGAACAAGGUGACCAACGUUCCAAACGACCCAAAAAACAAACUCGUAAGAAGUCAUCAAAAAAGACUAUUUUCGAUAUUUUUGAACCAAGUGAACUUAAAAGAGGGCAUUUCACCGAUCUUGAUAACGAAAUACGGAAAACAGACAUUCCCGAAAGGAUGCAAAUUCGGGAUGUACCCAUAACACCAGUACCUGAGGGAUCAUCUGAAUUGGAAGAAGAAGCAGAAUGGAUUUUCAAACAGGCAUUUUGUAGACCUCCGAUAUCAAACCAGGAAACCUAUUCCCGGAAAUCAAUAACCGCUAUACCUAAAAUCAAGCAGGCGUUAGAUUUCAUGCGCAAUCAACAUUUGGAAGUUCCAUUCAUUGCGUUCUAUCGAAAAGAGUAUGUUCAACCGGAUUUAAACAUAAACGAUUUAUGGAAAGUUUAUAAAUAUGAUGCAAAAUGGUGUCAACUGUUAGUGCGAAAAACCAAUUUGCUCAAGCUGUUUGCGAAUAUGCGUGAUUAUCAGCUUGAUUUACUCAUGAAGAACCCUGAUGCACCAAUUCCUGAUGAAAUGAGAAUAAUAAAAGAUGAUGAUAUUGACAGGUUGAAGUCGACAUAUUCUCCGGAGGAACUCAAAGACGUUCAUAAUCAUUUCAUGCUCUAUUAUGCGUAUGCUAUUCCAGCCAUGCACGAACAUGUUAGGAGUAAAGAACGCGAUCGAAUACGUCGAGAAAAAAUUGAAGCUCGCCAAAAAGCAAUCGAGUCAGGUGAGAGAGACGAGGAUGAAAUUGAUUUGUCAAAUUUGGAUAUCGAAGAAGAGCCUGUCCAGGAGGAAAACGUUAAGCUAAAUAUAGAUUCAGGUCCAUAUUCUAUGUGUCGGAAAGGUGGUCUUUGUGGAUUUGCUAAGCGAUUUGGGCUAUCACCGGGUCAUUUUGCUGAAAACGUUCGAGACAGUUAUCAACGCCAUGAGGUUGACCAGGAGCCAAGUGACCCUCUUGAUGUCGGCAAAGAAUAUGUAAAUUCACGGUUUACUUCAGCAGAGGAUGUGUUACAUGCUGGUAAAUUUAUGGUUGCUAGACAAAUAGCAAAAGAACCUAUGCUUAGACGAUCUAUCCGAGAAUUAUACUACGAACGAGCAAAAAUAACAGUACGCCCUACAAAAAAAGGAAUGAAAGAAAUUGAUGAAAAUCAUCAAUGUUUUACAAUGAAAUAUUUGAAGGAUAAGCCAGUUCGUGAUUUGAUAGGAGAUCAAUACUUAAAAUUACAAAUCGCUCAAUGUGAUAAAUUGCUAACUAUAACAUUCUCAGAGCAAAUUGAAGGAAAUGCUACCUCAGAUCUCUUGGACGAAAUGAAAGCACUUUAUCAAAAGGACGAAUUUUCAAAAAACGUUCAAGAAUGGAAUAAAGUACGAUCUGAGUGUGUUGAACUAGCAUUUACCAAAAUGAUCUUGCCUGAACUAGGGAGAGAGUUGCAGUCCAUUCUGUUAGAAGAAUCAAAAGAUGCCGUGUUGAAAGUAUGUUGUAGGAAACUUUAUAACUGGAUCAAGGUAGCACCAUAUAGUCCAGCGUUUGACAUUGAAGAUGACGAUUACGAAUGGGAUAUUUCCCGUGGGAUUCGAGUGAUGGGUGUAGCAUAUGUACCUGAUUUAUCGCAGGCUGCAUUUGCCGCUAUCAUAACAACAGACGGAGAAGUCAGUGAUUACUUGCGAAUCCCACAUUUAUUGAAACGGAAAAAUACGCACAGAGAAGACGAAAAAAAAUUGAAGGAAUCAGAUUUGCAAUCUAUUAUUGAUUUCGUGCGAAAUAAGAAACCUCAUGUGAUAGUUAUAGGAGGUGAGUCGAAAGAUGCCCUAAUGGUUCAAAAAGACAUGCGAGAUUGUGUACGCAUUCUUGUUGACGAAGAACAGUUUCCGGAAGUUUCAGUUGAGAUUAUAGAUAACGACUUGGCUAAAAUCUAUUCAAACUCUGUCAAAGGAAAUGCCGAUUUUCGUGAAUACCCCUUACUUUUACGACAGGCAAUUUCGUUGGCAAGAAGAAUGCAAGACCCAUUGGUAGAAUUCUCGCAGCUUUGUACAGCGGAUGAAGAAAUUUUAUGUUUGCGUUUCCAUACCCUACAAGAUCAACUGUGCAAAGAGGAACUGCUCGAAAAUCUUUACACAGAAUUCAUCAAUCGUACUAAUGAAGUGGGCCUCGACGUUAAUUUGACAGUUCAGAAUUCGUUAACGGUAAAUCUAGUGCAAUUCGUCUGUGGUUUAGGACCAAGAAAAGGCCUGGCGCUCAUCAAAUUACUCAAACAAACGAACCAACGAUUGGAAAAUCGCACACAGCUGGUGACAGCUUGUCAUAUGGGCCCUAAAGUUUUUAUCAACUGCUCAGGAUUUAUUAAAAUUGAUACAAGUUCUUUGGGUGACAGUACAGAGGCGUACGUUGAGGUUUUGGAUGGAUCACGUGUUCAUCCUGAAACUUACGAAUGGGCUCGUAAAAUGGCGGUCGACGCUUUAGAAUAUGACGAUGAGGAAGCAAAUCCGGCUGGAGCACUGGAAGAAAUUUUGGAAUCACCUGAGCGUCUAAAAGAUUUAGAUUUAGAUGCUUUUGCUGUCGAAUUGGAACGCCAGGGUUUUGGAAAUAAAAGUAUAACACUUUACGAUAUACGGGCUGAACUAAAUUCCAGAUACAAAGAUCUGAGAACUCCGUACCGUACAGCUACAUCUGAAGAACUUUUUGAUUUUUUAACAAAGGAAACCCCGGAAACGCUAUACGUUGGAAAAAUGAUGCUCGGUACAGUUGCCGGAAUCAGUCACAAGAAACCGCAGGGUGAUCAACUGGAUCAAGCUAAUCCCGUGCGUAAUGAUGAUACCGGUUUAUGGCAGUGUCCAUUUUGCAUGCAGAAUGAAUUCCCUGAACUUUCGGAAGUGUGGAAUCAUUUCGAUGCUGGCGAAUGUUCUGGGCAAGCAACUGGAGUGCGUUUAAGAUUUGACAAUGGUUUAUCAGGAUUUAUACAUAUAAAAAAUAUAUCAGAUAAACAUGUUAAAAAUCCUGAAGAGCGUGUACAUAUCGGCCAAGCCAUUCACGUACGAGUAAUAAAAAUUGACGUGGAUCGAUUUGCGUUGGAUUGUUCAUCUAAGAGCUCUGAUUUAGCUGAUAAAAAUAAUGAGUGGCGACCACGCAGAGAUCAAUUUUACGAUCAGGAAGCUGAGGAUAAAGAUAACAAGAAAGAGUCUAGCGUGCAAACCAAUUUGAAUAGACAACAGUACAUUAAGCGAGUAAUUGUUCACCCUUCAUUCCACAACAUUUCGUAUGCUGAGGCUUUGAAGAAGCUUGAUCAACUGGAUCAAGGAGAAGUGAUAGUUCGCCCAUCCAGUAAAGGAUCUGAUCAUUUGACUGCUUCCUGGAAAGUAACCAACGAAAUCUAUCAACACAUCGAUAUCCGAGAAGAAGGCAAAGAAAAUAUAUUCAGUUUGGGUCAAUCGUUGUGGAUUGGGAAUGAAGAAUUUGAAGAUCUAGAUGAAAUAAUCGCUAGAUACAUCAAUCCAAUGGCAUCGUAUGUGAGAGACUUGCUCAAUUACAAAUACUACAAAGAUACAAAUGGAGGUAUGAAAGAUAAGGCGGAAGAGAUAAUCAAAGAAGAAAAGAAGAAAAAUCCAAAUAAGAUACACUACGUAAUAUCAAUAGCGAAAAAUUACCCUGGAAAAUUUUUGUUGUCUUAUCUACCACGCACAAAAUUUAAGCAUGAAUAUGUAACCGUUACACCUGAAGGAUACAGAUUUAGACAACAACGCUUUGAUUCAGUCAACUCAUUACUGAAAUGGUUCAAGGAACAUUUCCGUGACCCAAUACCUUCUCCGAGUAGUACACCGCGAGGAUCGGCCUCUUUGCGGACGCCAUAUUUAGGAACACCUAGAUACAGCAAUGAUGCGAUCCAGAAAAUGGCUCAAACUAUGCCUUCGCAUUUAUUGACGUCAUUAUCACAAACAAGUGGUCACACGCCUCAAUACGGAUACACGCCAGGGGAUAUUGGGACAUCGAGCAAUUAUGUGACUACACCGUAUACUCCAAGUGGACAAACACCCUAUAUGACACCAUAUCAGCAAACACCUCAUUCUUCAAUGACUCCGAAUUGCAGCUUCGCUACUCCAUCCCGAAGCAUAACAGAAUCAUUCAGCCGUCCUAACCCAUAUGAAAGUGGGGCGGCAGGAAGUAGAACAGCAUCUGUGUCUUCAUAUUCUUCUGAAAAUAGCAACAGCCGCUACAGUUCGCUGCAUACAGAAGACGAUGUUUGGGACAAAGAAGACGACCCUUGGGUAACCAAUGUUAAUAGAAGCAGUAAGGGUAGAGACAACGAAAGGAGCUUACCACAAAGUGCAACACCCAAUAUACACGUGGAAAAUCGUGCACAGAAAGAGGUCACAAAUCGAGGAAAAAGCCACCGGCCAAUGCCUACUAAUAAUCCCACUGAUCAUCAUAUAGCUUCUAAUAUACAAAAAUCAAACAGUGUAUCGCAGCUAGCAACGUUAGGUGAUUCUACUCCAUUAUGGGAUGAAUGAACAAUAAAAUGUUAAAUUUUCAUAAACACACGAAAGCGCAUCCAACUUAAUUCAAAUUACAGCAUCCUAUUUGCUUUUAAAUGUAGUGCAUUGCCAAUGUUGGUAUACAUCAAAUAAUAAAUAUGCUGAUAGUAA